GGCUGCAUUGCAGCUCUGCUGUUACAACUUGCCCCUCUGCCAUGGGGCACAGUCCGUGUUAUUCCAAGAGGAGGAGUCUUACUGGGGAGUAUUUUAGAACUGUGCUGGGAAUGGAGAAAAAGGUGCCGCUAUCGGCUGUUAUUGUGGUGGAUGAUCUCAAGGAAGCUGAGGACGAGCACCCAAGAUCAACUUCAAGCGUGAAAAGACAACGAAAGCUGAUGAAAUCGAUUGAGAAAUCCUUCAAGACAGGAGAUAGUAGUUCUAGUAAUAGAGAGAAAGUAAGGAAUUCGGCGCGGUUGUGGAGUACCCUGUCCAACGAGAUCUCUUCCGUUAUUCAAAAUGUGAAAAGAAACAUACCCAGGCACAACACAGACAGUAUUUCCUCUGAAAACUCAGUCUCGAGCGAAGAGGGAUUCGAAGAAGAUUCUGAAGAAUACAGCAAUGCCCCGACCCGUAUAUCCAUGACCAGUCUAAAUAAAGAAACCAAAACAACCUGUGCUAAUAUUGUAUCUGAGACUGGGGAUGAUCUACCGGAACACUCCGGAGCGACCCACAAAACCAGAAUCAACUCUGUCUCCAGUGAUCCAUCCUCCAAGAAGAAAAUCUCCCUCUCAGCAUGGAAUGGAGAGGACAGUUUAUCGAGGAGACUUGGUCGGUCUCUUAAUAUCAAGCAGGGUUCUAUUAGGAAGAAGGGAAAAAGCUUUUUAUCUAGCUUGGAAGACAUGCUGCAGAAGACUGCAUCUAGGAAAGCUGCUGCAUGCAUGCAGAGGGAGGUCGGCGUUAAAACGGAAGAUGGGGCUGGAACGAGUGGGAAUGAAAGCAAAAGUGACAAGAAUUUGAGUGGAAUAAAAAUUAAUCAUGGAGCUGUAUCAAUAUUGAACAUCGAGUCAUUCGAACAAACAAACUCAAUGGCUGCGGAUGGUUGUUUUGAAAUGGACUGUGAUGCUAAGACUAGACUAAAGUGA